UGUUGGUUCACCGAAAGACCCACGUGUAACUGUAGCUAGGCGGAAAAGUAGUAUGUUAUAUGGAGUGAUCUCAGAGGUUAUUUCGACACAAGAGAAGCAUGAGAAGAUAGCCCCGCGAAAAAU